CAAUGGGGGACAUGGAACAGUUUGAUCAGGACUUCUACAGCUCUGGGUAUUAUGUGGACGACCAGGCCGAGGCUGUAGCCUCGACCUACGACGACUGGGGUGGCCGCCAUCCUGAAUACCCUCAAAAGUAUGUUGCUUUAAAACAUUGAGGUUUAUAUCCAGCAUAGGAAUCAAUAUUGUGAGUCUUACAUUUAACAAAUUGUUACGAUGGGACAGAGGCCAUGAUGCCGGGCAUUUUAGAUCAAUCUAUAGAGCAAAGCUACACAGGACAUGUCUUCCAGCCACAAAGGGGAGAAGCUGGGACACUAGGAGGCACAGAUGCAGAUUAUUAUGAAGAAGAGCCUCCCCUACUUGAGGAGCUUGGCAUUAAUUUUGACCACAUCUGGCAGAAGACCAUGACCGUCUUGAACCCGUUCAAACCGGCCGACGGCAGUAUUAUGAACGAGACCGACCUGACGGGCCCUAUCCUCUUCUGCAUCACACUAGGGGUCAACCUGUUGAUGGCAGGCAAAGUUCACUUUGGCUACAUCUAUGGAAUCAGUGCCAUGUCCUGUCUGGGGGUGUACCUGCUGCUCAACAUGAUGAGCUCCCUGGCCGUGUCCUGUGGCUGUGUGGCCAGCAUACUGGGCUACUGUCUGCUGCCCAUGGUGGUCCUCUCCGCAUUUGCAGUCUUUGUCUCUUUACAAGGCUACCUGGGGACUCUUUUAGCGUUGUUGGUUGUUGGAUGGUGCAGUAUGUCUGCUUCCAAGAUCUUUAUCUCAACGCUGGCCAUGGAAGAUCAACAGCUACUGGUAGCUUACCCUUGUGCUCUGCUUUAUGGGGUUUUCGCACUGCUUACUGUCUUUUAGAUUUUAAGUUUCUAGUAAAGGCUUAACCCAGUAACAUCAUAACAAAGUGUUGUAGCAGAUCACUUUGUGGAAAGUGUUGUUUUGUUAUUUGACGAUGUCCUUAUUCAUUUCUUUAACCUUUUCCUUCAAAUGCAAUUACAGUAAAAAACGUUUGUAUUUUCUGUCCCAGAAUGCUCAGGAGCUGUCAUUAUUUUGCUUGUUUAAAAAGAGUUUAGUAUUUCGUCAUUGUUUUUUAAAAGCAAGAUUGAUUCAGAAACUUACUUGGCUGAACUAGAAUAUAAUUCAAAGGCCCACUAUGCAUUCUGAUGGUUCUACAACCAUUUCUGGGUCGUUUGGUGGGUGUUUCAUUGCCCCUUGUCGCUUCUCCUAGGAAAAAGCGAAUAUGCCACUUGCUCUGUUCGGACCGACACAAUCCGGAUGUGACGCAGCGGAAGUAUCCAAUCGCGCCUCGAAAAUGUAGUCAGAUUGAAGUUUCGAAAAUGCUUUACGGCACAGACACACCCCCAA